GCUGACUGUGGCUGAUCCCUCCGUCCUCUGCUGCUGCUUGACUGCGGGCUGCACGGACUCUGCUCGGACACAUCAGACGGAUGGAUGCUGAGGAUCGGCGCCUGAGAUGAGAUAAGCAUCCUCCGCCGUACUGCUGCAACGCCGAGGAGGAAAACACUCUGGAAUACAAGGAUUUAACAUUUUAAUUUUGUGAUCUGUGCAACUGGAAAUCCUUCUUUUUGCGCACAACAACCACUUCUAUAAUAAUGCUCCUGAUGGUGCUCUCCAGAGGUGAUGUGAGCUGAACUCGCGGAGGGGGGAAGCCGCAGAGGAGCUGUCCGUCUGUCGAGGUGCGGAUGCGGCUUUGAUAAGCAGCGAGCAUGGCCGCCGGGAAGUUACUGCUCUACGCCGGGCUCUCUCUUUCUCUCUGCGCCCUGGGCAUGCUGGCCGUGGCGAUGUGCUCCGACCACUGGUACGAGACCGACGCCAGGAGGUACAGGGAGCGCUGCCGAAGCUUCUCCAGCCGCCGCAAGGACCCGGGCUUCAUCUACAUCCCCAACAACAGCCUGCCGCUGCGGGCCAGCCGGAGCAGCAGCGCGCCCCGCUGGGAGGAGAAGCUGCUUCUGGCCCGGAACCGGCGGCAGCUGUUCGCCAUGAGCGCCGCGGAUGAGUGCAGCAGGCAGUAUAACUCCACCAACAUGGGGCUGUGGAGGAAAUGCCAUCGGCUGGGCUUCGAUCAAGAAAUCGAGGACCUCAUCCGGAAAGGUUCCAUUGCAAGGUGCUCCUACAUCAAGUAUCACUACUCCUCGGCUACGAUACCCAAAAACCUCUCCUACAACAUCACCAAGACAAUAAGGCAGGACGAGUGGCACUCCCUCCACUUGCGGCGGAUGACGGCGGGUUUCAUGGGCAUGGCGGUGGCCAUCAUCCUGUUCGGCUGGAUCAUUGGCGUGCUCGGCUGCUGCUGGGACAGAGGCCUCAUGCAGUAUGUGGCCGGCCUCCUCUUCCUCAUGGGAGGAACCUUCUGCAUCAUCUCCCUCUGCACCUGCGUUGCCGGCAUCAACUUCGAGCUCUCCCGUUACCCGCGGUACCUGUAUGGCCUGCCCGACGACAUCGGCCACGGCUACGGCUGGUCCAUGUUCUGCGCCUGGGGUGGCCUGGGCCUCACCCUCAUCGCUGGUUUCUUCUGCACCCUGGCUCCCUCUGUCCAGCCGAUACCCCGAUCCACCUGCCCAAAGUCCCGACAGGAGAACGGCACUGUGUGCUAAAGCCGGCAAGACGACCAUCUGAAUCUACAGAUCGACAAACAACAAACAAACCAUGUCUUCAUACAUCUACUCAUCUCCAGUGUCUCCUGGUUACAGAUUUCUUUUUUUAUUUGUGUGUGUGUUUAAAAAUGGGUGUCUUGAUGAAUUGCUACCUUGAAAAUAACAGAAAAAAACUGAAGAACUACAGAAAUAUUAUCAAAAAAAAAAAAGUUGUGCUUGUUUUGUUGUUGUGGAGAAGACGCUGAAAUGGACCAUGACCAAGAAAGGUUUCAAAAAGACAUGGGGAAAAUGAAAGACUAUAUUUUGGAUUGGUUAUAGCAGAAGAGGGGCUCCAAACCCCUAAAGAUCAAUUGCUACGAUUGAGUUUCUCAUUAACUCGGCCUCUUGGAACCUCCUGUGGGAUCAUUCACAAGGGAAUGGACCAGACAUGAAACCAUGUGACUUGCUGGGCUUGGAUCAUGUUUAGCGGCCAUUUGUUAACCUUCCAGCUUCUUAAGUCCCUCCGAUUACUUGGGACAUGCUGGUGGCGAGGAGAUCCAGGACCUCCACUGUUGUACAUUACUGUACAGAAUAUUCCAGACAAGUGACAACCGGGAACUGGACCAUUUUCAUUCUCGUGUAGGUGCAUUUCAUUCCGUCCGAUGAUCCGAUCUGCCAUUUAGCAUUUUAUACAUGCAUUCCUCUUUGAUUCAAAGUCUAUUUUCCUUUUUACUGAACCCUUCAUGUUGUGAACGAACAACGUCUGAGUGUACGUUCGGAGCAAAUGUGUUUUCCAUUCUAGUCAUAGAGGUAAAUGUGUGUGUGUGAGUGUGUGUAUGUGCGGGAAAGGGGUUGUUUUGAAGUCUCUAUAGAAAAAAAGUCGAAAAACAUUACCAUAAUGACAAAGUGGAGCCCUUCCUCUGGGAUGUACGAAAGCAGGGGCUUUGAUGAACAGAAAGACAUAAUGGAGAGAUGUAGUAUCCUGUUUAACCUGACUGACUUCUGCCUUGCCGUCUUUUCGGGAGAGUCCCAGCAGACACGAGAGAUAAAGAGUUGUUUUAAAGGGGGUAGCAUGUUCAGCUCCAUAUUCUGCUGCCCUGAGCAACUAUGGAAGGCUCAAGUAAUUGCAUCUGAUGGGAACAAGCUCCGACCUCUCUUCCAGGGAUUCUGUGAAGCUCUGCUGCUUCUCCUCCAGCUCUUAUUUUUCUUUCACCAUCAGCCAAGACCUGGCAGGGCUUCCUGCAGGGCCUCCUCUCUCUGAAAGGAGGGUAAACAGUACAGUAUCAAAGUACGGGGUUAAAAAGGGGUCAUCUCACUCAGUCAAAACACGUCUAGACUGAAGAAGAAAGGCAAAGUGUUCUGUAUUUGCAAGAUUCCUCAAGGCUGCCAAUCAUAAGUCUGAACUCAAAAUACACACUCGCAUGGGCUUGAAUAUUUCUAUGCACAUUAAGGAUGAUGGUUAUGAUGCAAUAAAUAGGCAGUUUAAAUUCUCACCAGGGCCAAUUAUAGCAGCUAGCUGUGCAAGCAUUAACACAUGGUUCAGAUAUGGACAUCCACUCAUCCAGCAGUACGAUACAAAAAGGUAGUGAGGCCACAGUCCACGUGAUCUUUCAUUGGAGCCAUCCAUUAAAUUGGUAUAGCUAGUCUAAAACCUGAAGUGGCGUCUAUUCAAGAAUAAUUUCAGCAAAAAGCAGCAUGGGUCUCAUAUUAAAGCCCCUUAUCCCAAUUUAUAAAAAUCUGGGGUGCUAUUAUACCUUUGGGUACGGCAUUGGGUUUGUAAAGAUCCUGAUUUAGUUUAGGGGUAAAGUUUUUUGGGAUAUUGGGACUGACAAGCAAGUCAACACCAGUCUUGCAGACCAGUAAGGUGUGGGAGAACAAGAUAUGGUUUUAAUCUACUAUAAGUUUACCAUAAACUGUAUCAAAUAAUUGACGGAGCCACUGUGAGGUCACGUUUUGAUUUCUGAAGCCUUGAGUUUGACAUUUUGGCCUCUGGUAACUUGUUGGCGUUAGAUUUGUAUGAACACGUUUGGACACGAGCUGCCUGCUUGGUUAGCACACUUGCAUUACGGCUUUGUUUAGUUGUGAUAAUGCUAAUUUUCACUAAGGUAUAAACCAUUAUGUAUAUCAACUUGUCAACGACUGGCGCCCAGUUGUCACUAAAAGGAACCACGCAAUUAAUUAUGCAUACAUUUAAGAUUUAAUAACAUUAAAUGAUGAAUUAUGUAAAAUUUUAACCCCAUACAGUUGUCAUGAACUGAUAUUAGCUACAGAGACCAAAACAUUUUUUUUGUACCAGGCUGUAAACAUGUUUGUUUCUGCUGUAAAGUUGGGCAGGUUUGGGGCGCCUGGUUGCUCAGUGGCUAGAGCGGGCGCCCCAUGUGUAGAGGCUGUGUCCUCGCCACAGCGGCCGUGAGUUCGAUUCCUUGGCCCUUGGCCCUUUGCUGCAUGUCACCCCCUUCUCUCUCUCCCCUUUCACACUUGUGCUGUCCUAUCAAUUAAAGGCAAAACCGCCCAUUUUAAUUCAUGUAAUGACUCUAGAAUAUAUUAAAUUAUCAGUUUCUUAAAUAA